CUACUUCAUUCUUCCUUCCGUCCCCAUAAACUCACUCUGUUCUGCACUGGGCUUCACACUCAAACUAGAACACCACAGUUCAGCUUCCUCUUCCGUCCGUUAAGAAAGUACCUCUCUACCUUUACUUCAACAAGGUCAGUCUCACUGAAACUUAAAAUCUGUUCUACAAAAAAAAUCUGGUUAAAAUAGCAGCAUACACAGUUGGCCUCCUGCCCAUGACCAAGAGACCAUGACUAAGAGACCAUGACCAAGAGACCAUGACCAAGAGACCAUGACCAAGCAUAACCAUCUCCAUCAGUGAUGCGUGUGUCAGCACGGAGGGUGUUAACAGGGCUCCUGAUCCUGGGUGGAAUCUCCACCCUGACCCAGUUCCUGCGUUUCUGUCUACCCUGCCGGCAGCCAUCCCAGGGUGCGGGCGAACCUGUGACCGUGCUGGUCCGGGACGGGUGGAGGGUCAGUUCUGACAUUCCCCUGGUGUUUGUGGGAGGGGUGCCUCGCUCCGGGACCACCCUGAUGAGGGCCAUGCUGGACGCCCACCCUGCGGUGCGGUGUGGGGAGGAGACGAGGGUCGUGCCCAGGAUACUGGGCCUUAAGCUGGGCUGGGCUGCUGAGAAGGAGGGGGUCAGCACCAAGGUCCUGGACCGAGCGGUCACUGCCUUCCUCCUUCAAAUCAUAGCAGGACAUGGGGAGCCAGCACCUCUACUCUGCAAUAAAGACCCCUUUACAUUGAAGAGCGCUAAGUACCUCGCUCACCUUUUUCCCAACUCUAAGUUCCUGCUGAUGCUGAGAGAUGGCCGAGCGGCGGUGUACUCUAUGAUUUCGCGUCGCGUGACGAUCGGUGGCUUUGACCUCUCCAGCUAUAGGGACUGCCUGGCCAAGUGGAGCCGAGCCACACAGGCCAUGCUGACACAGUGCACUCAGGUGGGCAGUAAGAGGUGCCUGGCUGUGAGGUAUGAGAGGCUGGUCCUCCACCCUCGCUCCACCCUGCAGACAGUGCUAAAGUUCCUGGGUCUGCCGUGGCACGAGGGGGUUCUGCACCAUGAAGAGGCUAUAGGAAAACCUGGAGGAGUCUCACUGUCAAAAACGGAACGGUCCACAGACCAGGUGAUGAGGCCCGUGAACUUAGACGCUCUGACUCGGUGGGUAGGUCACAUGCCCCCAGACGUAAUGGCAGACAUGGACGCUAUCGCCCCCAUGCUGGGGAGACUAGGCUACGACCCCAGAGCCAACCCACCUAACUACGGACAGUCUGACCCACAGUUCCUCAACAACACACAAAGGAGCCAGAUAUACUUUGAGGAGAUGGGAAACUCCAUUUGAAUCGUUGCCCAUGCUACGUCAGUGGGCCGUGCGGUGCAUUCUGGGCAAUUCGAGGACAAGGAGAGCUCUCCUUCAAGGAGUGAAUGUAGUCAAUUGGGUGCUAGCUGAGGAGCAGCUAAUGGAUUUACUAACCCAGGAAGAUAUUUCUGAUUUCGGGUUUCGGGAAGGGCUGGAUUGGGCCUUAAAUUUGGCAGCAGCAAUCGGGCCUGGGUAGGGUAGGGCCUGAACGUCACAGGCAUGGGUAAGGCUCAGGCUUCAAAUUCAUACCGUGAAGGGCUCAAGUUGUGACGUUUGACUUACCAUUUAAAUAUAAAUUGCAGACUGUCGGCCACACUUGAUAAUUUGAAAACUAGCACUUACUAACAUAGGCAACAACUAACUGGAUGGAAAACGGUGAGGCACAUAACACACCCCUUCUACUGGCAAUUGGGGGGAGGGUUCUUGAAAUGUAACAUCCAAUCAAAAUCAACGGACAAUUCAAACCGUCUUUGCAAUACAAAAUUCUCCAGACCUCCAAGAGAGGCGUGACAAUGAUGUGAUUUUGGAGGUAUGGCAACCAUAAACCAGUAGACGUAUUCCUAUGGAAAUGUCCUGAUGGCGCAUGAAGCCGGAAGUAUUUGAAUUUGAAGCAUGCCAUAUAGCUGAAUGGGGAUGAAUGGCACCAAAAGAUUGCUAAGAAUCUUGGUGAAUGUGGACAUAACUAGCAAAGGAUCAUGUAAAGGAUUGAUGUAAUCAUUUUCAUCCUGCCUGGGAGAGUCAACCUUAAUGUCUAUGGCAAGAAGGCGCAAUCCACCUCAUAGCCUGCAGGCCCGUGAUUGAUAUGUCAGCACGUGGUCCUGUGUGACAACAAAUGUAGUAGUCAGAAUGGAUCACUAUUUAACUAAUUAUCUUGAUUUGUAGCAAACUUUAAAAUAAUUCAUAGUGGGCAUCGAACAUCAUCAUAAUAAUCUAAUUUUAUUGCCCAAAACGAGCGUCCCUCUCAAAAAACUGUCAGUUUUGGCGAUUGAAAUUUAGAUAAGCUUUCUAGGGCAGACCAGGGCUUUUGGCACCACUAGAUUGCUAUGCAGUAGCCGACCAGUCGAGCUUGUGACUUCACGUUCCAAAUAGGACACUGGGGUCCUCAUUGCAACACGAGACUAGCUAGAUAUAGGCUGGUUGAUGUUAGGAUAGGAGUAUUUUAUAAGGAGGUGGGAAGUGGGGAAUGACUGUGCCACGAGACUAACUAGAUAUAGGCUGGUUGAUGUUAGGAUAGGAGUAUUUUAUAAGGAGGUGGGAAGUGGGGAAUGACUGUGCCACGAGACUAACUAGAUAUAGGCUGGUUGAUGUUAGGAUAGGAGUAUUUUAUAAGGAGGUGGGAAGAAUGACUGUGCCUGUUUGUGUAGAAUUGAUCCAUGCUGUAAAUAAUUUGUUUCUAUUAAAUCAAUGUUAUGACCUAAAAUAAACUGUCAAAUCCCUGUUA